GUUUUCAGUUUUUGUUUGACGUUCGCGUGAAGCGCCCGCAAAACGCAAAGCGCACGAGGCAACGCUCGAAAAAGGAGCCAACGCAGCCGUUUACCGUUAGUCAGCUGUUUACCGUUCCGCCGCGAGAUCGAAAACCGAGAAUUUUUGCCGUUGUUCAAAUUUUUUUGCAAGUGAGAAUCUUGAACAACAAGAAGAAUAUACAACACAUAAAUACAACAAAACCAAGGAAUCGCCGAAAAGCCGAUAGUGCAAAGUGUUUAAAAAGAAAAGAAUCAAUUUCAUAUACAACAACUAAAGAAAUACUGGAAUAUAAGGCAUAAUAGAAGCGGAGGAAGUUUCUUCAACUCAAAGAGGAGCGGAAUUUCGCGCUUUGUUUUUGUUUUGCCAAAUUUGCCGCCGGCACACACGUGCUAUCCCCCUCUUGCUCGCACCUUGCCACCCAGUCUUUAUGUGCGUUAACCGUUAAGUGUGCAGUUGGGGCCCGCUCCUAUCUUUCUCUCCCUCUCUCUCUCGCUUCCGCACCCGCACACACACACAUAUAUCCACACCCACGCGCGCCUCGUUCACAUACGCACACACACGCGGGACUUAACCCAUUGACGGCCCCCCCAAAAAAGCAGUCACUCUUAACCCCCCCGAAAAAAAGAAAAACUCCAUCCCCCCGGCAUCAAGAUAUUCGACAACAAAAUUCUCACCGAGGCCUCAAAAGCGCCCCUGAGGGCCGUCGCACUGGCGUCAUAUCUGGGCGACGGGUUCGCCGCCCUCGGUAGCCGCGCCCCCCCGCCCAAGGACCAUCUGAUGGCGUUCGGGGCGGUACUACACACCAGCCAGCACAAUAUCGGUCGCAGUGAACCGCCGGUGGGCGUGGGCGAUCCCUGCGCCGGAUGCAACAAGCCCAUCCUGGACAAGUUCCUGCUGAAUGUCCUGGAACGCGCCUGGCACGCCUCCUGCGUCCGCUGCUGUGAAUGCCUCCAACCGCUCACCGACAAAUGCUUCAGCCGCGAAUCGAAGCUCUACUGUCGCAACGAUUUCUUCAGACGUUACGGCACCAAGUGCAGUGGGUGUGGCCAGGGUAUCGCGCCAUCGGAUCUAGUGCGAAAGCCCAGGGACAAGGUCUUCCACCUAAACUGCUUCACCUGCUGCAUCUGCCGCAAGCAAUUGAGCACAGGUGAGCAGCUCUACGUGCUGGACGACAAUAAGUUCAUCUGCAAGGACGACUAUCUGCUGGGCAAGGCGCCAUCCUGCGGCCACAAUUCGCUGAGCGAUUCAUUAAUGGGCUCGGCGAGCGAAGACGAUGACGACGAUGAUCCGCCGCAUUUGCGGGCCACGGCACUCGGAUUGGGCGUACUGGGGCCCAACGGACCCGACUCAGCGGGCGGACCUCUGGGCACAUCGGAUAUAUCAGUACAAAGCAUGAGCACCGAUAGCAAAAAUACCCAUGACGAUUCCGAUCAGGGCUCCUUGGACGGCGAUCCGGAUGGACGUGGCGAUUCCCAGGCGGAGAACAAAAGUCCCGACGAUGCCAACGGAUCGAAGCGACGCGGUCCGCGCACCACCAUCAAGGCCAAACAGCUGGAGGUGCUCAAGACGGCCUUCAAUCAGACGCCGAAGCCGACACGCCACAUCAGGGAGCAACUGGCCAAGGAGACCGGGCUGCCCAUGCGAGUCAUACAGGUGUGGUUCCAGAAUAAACGGUCGAAGGAGCGACGCAUGAAACAAAUCACCAGCAUGGGCCGCCCGCCCUUUUUCGGUGGCGCCCGGAAAAUGAGGGGCUUCCCCAUGAACCUCUCGCCCGGCGGACUGGACGACGGACCCGGCUUUCCCUACUUCGCGGCGGACGCCAAGUUCGAGUUCGGCUACGGCGGACCCUUUCACCCGCACGACGGACCCUACUUUCCCGGACAUCCCGGCGGACCGAUGCCCUUCAAUGCGCCAGGUGGCCCCAUGGACCACAGCGGACCCAUUCCGAUGGUGAACGAGUUCGGACUGACGCCGGAGGCGACGUUCCUUGGGCAGGCGGGCGGUCCGCCAAUGCAACUGCAGUCGGCCGUCGGACCGCCGCCACCGCCGCCGCCGCCGAGCGCCGAGCACUUGAUGGCCGCCGCAGCGGCAGCGGCGCAGCAACAGGCGGCGCAACAGCAGCAGCAGCAGCAGCAACAACAGCAGCAGCAGCAACAGCAGAAUGCGCAACAAGCGGCGAAUCAGACGCAGCAGCAGCAGCAACAAAAUGGCCCCCGCACCAAUUCGCCGGAGUUCAUGAGCUCGGCGAAUUUCAGCGAACCGCAGAAUAUGCAAAAUGAAGGGCUCGUUUGGUAAUAUACGAAACAGUUGGCAACGCGGCUGCUGCUCUUCGGCAGAGAGCGAGAGCGAGAGCGAGAGAGAGCGGCGCGAGUGGAAGAGUAAAUGAGAGGGAAGGAGAGUCAGAUGUAGUGCCGUCUCGUUCUGGCCAAAGGCUAAGCCCCACCCCCUCUGCUACGUUUUGUUUUUGUUAUACUUUUAUUAUUAUUAUUAUUAUUAAAACUGUGCUAUUUUUUUGUAUUUCAAUUCGGCGCCAAAAUAUUUGUAAAUUAUAAAACAAAAAACACAAAAAAAAAAACAAAUAGACAAAGGAAAUCUCUCUUAAAUGUAUAAAAAUCAAAUAAUGGGCGCUGCACAUAGUAAACAAUUUUUUUUAACAAACAAAAACAUAAAAAACACAAAAGAAAAGCUCUAAAAAAAUUAAAUUAAACCCAAACACUAAACGUCUUGUCUGUAAUUAAAACAAAAAUACUAUUUAUGUGUAUCAGUGUAUAAAAACAAAAUGAAAAACUGUAGUCUUAAAAAAAGGAUCUGCAUAAAGAGAUUUUUUUUUUUGUAAAUUAGCACAUUUUAUUCGUAUAUCUAAAAUUUGUUUAUUUUUGCCUGCAUUUUUUGACGAAAAACGUUUUUUUUUUUUUAUAUUAUUACACGUAACAUAUGGAUAUAUAUUAUAAUCGUUGUCUAACAACAUAAACGUAACUAGGCAUGUACUAGCUCCUAAGUCUACAUAAACCAGAUAUUAUAUAUACAAGAGCUACAUACGGCAGCACACACGUACACGGC